CCACGUGUUUGUAGUAAACGGUAAACGGCUAAUGCGCAUGCGUCUCUCCUUUCGAAACAGUAAAGACAAACAACAGACACGAAUACGGUGGACGUAACUGCCUCGCUGCCAUAUUGGAUGGGUCUCUUCACUCUCCAAAGUCAAUGGAGAGUGGGCAACUAUGCCCACUUUUGUGCAGCCUACGGUUGCAACAACUGGUGUACUGUAGAAAACAGACUACGUGUGAUUACUAUUGACAUUUCUAGCCUACCUGAUUAGAUUAAAUAUUUCAAUUUAUUUUGUUUACUUAUAUUUAUAUUUUAUUUAUGUCAUACCAUGUGUCAGAUUUUGUGAAAAAGCUUGAUAAACUUGGGUAAACACCUUCCUCAGUAGGAGAGGCAGCUCCAAUAUGCAUAGAUUCCUCUCCCAUUUGGAUCACAUUUAAUCAGCUUUAGUUAAAAACUUACAAAAUCUAGCCUGUUCAGAUCUGGGCUCAAUCAUUUAGGAAAAGUGAUUUAUUCAACAUGCUGUUUCAUGGAAUUUAACUACAUCACAUUAGAACUGGUCCAGGUUUAAAUGACACAAGACCCAGACUGUUAUCCAAAAGGCAUUAAAAUGUCACAUGUCUCAUAGAUGUUCACAAAUUGCAUAAGGGUUUCAUAAACCGCAAAAUGUGUUUUAAAUUUUUUUGUGUGAAGUAAAAAGCUCUUGUUGCUUUUGAACAAAAGCUGAUUAAAAUUGUACAGAUGAGAAAAAACUGAAUUAGUGUUUUAGCCUAAUUUUUACCUGCUGUUUCUACACAUUUUUCUUCCUCUGAUGCUCAUCUUAUUCUAAAUCGAGCCAUUUUGGAAACUCCCUUGUAAACAAUACUCGCCGUAUUUUGUCUUUUACCUAACAGUUUAUAUUUUUAACACAUGCUGCAUUAUUCUAUAAAGUUAGCCUAUGCAUUUUAAGCAACAUAAAUCAGACACAGAGCCCUGGCAGAGCCUGAGGGGUUAAACAAAACUGUCAGCUUGAUUACCGUCCAGUUGGAAAAAAAUUCAUACUUCGCAAAGGGUGCAUUUGUGUGGGUGAGAUUGUGUGCGCGCGUUAGGACGGCAUAACUCUUAAUCUGGAUUAUCGUGCAGCGUGAGUGAGCUGCAGCGCAUGACACAUCUGGAUGUGGCGAGUUGCUUUUAAAAGGGAGGUGAGCGUGUCUGCGUGAGAGGAGAAGGAGACAGAAAGAGACUUCUUAGUUCCUCACGCGCACAGAUGGAGAGGAAACCAACAGCAGAGAGCACAGAUUUGCAGGGUUUUCACUCAUAAAUUUAUCUUUCUGGUGACCAAACAGCAUCUCAGCUUGGAGAUGUAAAACCAAGAAAUGGCAAACAGGGAGAAAGAUUGUGGAAAACGAAGCGAGGAUGAAGACAGAGGAUGUAGCAGAGAGCACGGCCUCUCCACAACGAGCACCCCAUCUGCUGGAGCAAAGAGAAAUCUCUCCCGAGGGAUUGUGAUCCAGCUGACAGGGACGGAGGGGAGGCGUGACAGCCCAGAUGACAGUGAGUUAAUAUUCUCCCUUGACCACGAUGAGGACUACCCUUCCAUAUCACUCUCCAAGGAGAGGCAGCUUUAUGGUGAAGAUGAGACCGGAGUUAAGUCUCAAAGUUUCCACGUCCCUCUUUCUCCCUCAACCCCUGAUUCACUUGGGAAUAGUUCAGCUGCUGGACCCAGCUUCCUCUCCCCUGGACCGUCCUCACCCAGUCCCCGUCCUCUGGCAAACCUCGUCAAGUCCCUCUCAACAGAGCUUGAGCUGAAAGAGAGUUCUACUCUCAGACCCAAACCUUUCCUCAGUCUUGUGAAGUCAAUCUCCACAGAGCUAUCCCGAUCUGAACCAGAGGUGUCACAGUCCAAAUCAGACUCCCGUCUCAACCUCCACCUGUGGAAGCAGCUGACCCAAACCAAAACUCGGAGCAAUGGUGACUCUCGUACUGCUCCACCGUCACCUAGUUCACUCUCCCCUGGUGGAGAGGGCCCAAAGGGAGGCUUCUUCAAAAUGGAGCUGGAGGACACCAAGAGGAAGCUCUCAGAGGCUAUGCAUGAGCCUCUUAGCAGCAUGUUCAGUAAGAUCAUGAGAGAAGAAAGUGGAGGCAGUCCCAAACACCACAGUAAGCCAGUGGUGGCUCACCAGAGCAGCUGCAGAAGUUUGGGAAGGGAGGGCAGCACGGAUACAGUUUUUUCAGAGUCUCCUGUGAAAAGUGCAAGAAAACUGGAUGGAGAUGUCUUGCCCAGUUUUGAGUGGCCUUCAGUGAGACAUCUUUCCAGAUAUCCCCGAAGUCCAUGCCCUGUCCAUUACCACAGACAGCGUCACAGGGAAGAGGAACUCGAAAUAUGUACAGAUGGUGAUGUGAUGCAAGUGUUUGCUGUUGAGACUCUCAGACAGGCAAGGACAUCGCCUGGUUCUCCAGCUGUAACAGUCCUCCCAACUAAGAGGUGUCCUGCUCCUCAGCCCCCUCACCCUCUGCCUCGUAUGAGUUUAUUCUGCGUGGCAGUGCUCUCCUACACCUACUUUAUCUUGCCUCUUAGUCCAUACGUCUCUGGCCUUGCUCUGGGACUGGCACUGGGAUUUUUGCUUGGUCUGCUUCUCAUUCGGAUGGGCUCCUCCAGGUCCAACCGUUCAGUGCCCACUCACAGACCAGCACAGUCGUUUGGUGAAGGCAACCCGACAGGUGGCUUUGUCAGCAGCGAGCCAGACACUCUGAAGGGCUGGAUGAACAAGAUCCACGAUUAUGACCCAGAAACCUGCCAUCCUGCUCUGACUCAGUCCGUCUUUGCCACCCUGGAGGGGUCCUGUCUCCGUCUGGACUACCCACACGCUAACAUUUGCCGCAGGGCCACAUAUGAAGACAGACUCCACGAGGCCGUCUUCGUCAAGUCACGCUCCUUUCAGCUCGCAAAGAGCAAAGUAUACCUGUUGCCGCCUUUGUUGGCUCGGAAGAGGCUGUGGAAUCCCAAGUAUCCCAUCUGCAUCCAGCUAGCUGGAGGGUCAGAAUCUCCAGAGGCUGAAAGAGGAGGGCUGGUGGAGAACCAUGAGGAAGAUCCAGGCAGUGAACCUGCAACAAACCCAAAGCAAACCGGCCUCAAACAAACCCACGACCCCACAACCAUACUUUAUCUCUUUGGCCGCACAGGAAGAGAGAAAGAAGAGUGGUUUCACCAUCUUCUGCUGGCAUCUGCAGACUCAGAGACAGAAACGGAGAGGGAGGAAGAAAAACGUGGCAGAUGCGUGUCCCGACUGGGGAACCCAACAAAAUGCAUUCAUGUCCCAAGGAGCAGAAGCCCCAGCAGAAGGGGCAGCAGCGAUGAAGAUGUCCCCUCCACACCUCCAGCUCAUUGUCCUUCUGCCGUCCACUACAGUUGCACCAGGGGUCUCCCUGUGCUUGACUAUCCCAGUUACAUGGCUCAAAUCCUGACUGCAGAGGAGGCAACACCCCUCUCUAGUCCUGGAGCAAGCAGUGCAGAGGCAAGCUCCACCAUCAGAGGGAAUUGUACCUGUGAUCAAGCAAAAGUCCCUGAGAAGAGCCAGACUGCAUGGAUUAAUGCUCUGAUUGGUCGAAUCUUCUGGGAUUUCCUUCGAGAAAAACGUUGGGUCGAUGCCGUCUCCCACAAGAUUCAGAAGAAGCUGGGCAAAAUCAGACUGCCUUACUUCAUGAAUGAGCUGACUCUGACUGACUUGGACAUGGGCUGCUCUAUGCCACAAAUCACUGCUACCUCCACACCAGAGGUCAACCACAGAGGCCUGUGGGUGGAGCUGCAGCUGAUGUACACUGGUAAUCUGCAGAUGACCCUACAGACCAAGUUCAACCUGUCCAAGCUGGGUAAAGAGGACAGUCAGGACACGGGACACUGUUUGAGUGACGCCACUAGCUCACGCACUAAGCCCAUCCUCAGUGUGUUGGCAGACAGUGAUGAAGAGUCCUCCAGCGCAGCUUCAUCAGACGAGGAGGAGCUGCUUCUCUCUGAGCCCCAGGGUCCGGUGGGGGACAAAGGCUCCACACCAACGGCAACCGAAGGGACAGGGGGAGGAAAGACUGGAAAGAAGAUUUUAAGAUUGGUGGACAAAAUCACUAAAUCCAAAUACUUUCAGAGGGCCACGGAGAACGAGUUCAUUAAAAAGAAGUUUGAGGAGAUGUCCAACACCCCCCUGCUGCUCUCCGUGGAGGUUCGAGAGUUGUCUGGGACUCUGGUUGUCAACAUCCCACCGCCCCCUACAGACAGGAUAUGGUACAGCUUCUGCUCGCCGCCCAAGCUGGAUCUGCAUGUGUGUCCCAAACUGGGGGAGAGGGAGGUGACUUUCUGUCACGUAACUGAGUGGAUUGAGAGGAAACUUCAGGAUGAGUUUAAGAAAGUCUUUGUGCUGCCCAACAUGGAUGACAUCUAUUUUCCCCUGAUGCACUCGGCGGCGGUUAACUCGCAUUCCCAAGAAUCUCAACAAUCCAAAAACUCCUCCACAGAGUCCAUCGAGAGGAUUCAGACAGAAAAUAUUAGGGAAGGACCAAACUAGUGCCUCACUUUUAAUGAGCAGCAAGCUUCUUUGUAAAACAGAUUCAAACUUUGUCAUUAUGUCAAUUUAAACUUGCCUGGUUGGAGUUGAAAUCCCUCGUUUUGUUGGAACUAAAGGUUUCUCUGUGUUUGAUGUUUAGGACUGGCCUUGUUCUGAUGUGAAAGGGAUAGCUCAGGUCUUUUGUAGAUGGGUUCUGUGUAGGGAUGCCCCGAUACCGGUAUCUGUAAAAGUGAACCGAUACCAGGAACUAACACCAAUGCAGUUGCUUGAAAGUAGCUUCACUUCACUUGUAAUUUCUGUUCACCUAAUAUUUUAGUUUUGUGAUGUUUUCUAUUCAUAUAUUUUACUUUUUGUCUACCUCAUGUCAUUUCCUGUUGAAGGCAGAGAAGAAAAUAAAACCUGUAUUCUAAUUCA